UCCAUUAUCUUAUCUCGCCGUGAAAACACGUUAUCUGUUUAGUAAGGCGCACAGAACCAUUGUACCAAGCCGUGUGAACCAAUUAAUUAACCUCUAAGAGCAAAGUAUAGCGUGCACUUGACUUAAAAUGGAUUUGUUCGCGUCAUAAAAUCUUUUCGGUGCGCGCUUGCGUUGGGGGAUGAGGGUGGAGAGAACGCGCAGAUGACCAAUGGCUGGUGGGAAGUGGACGUUUUGCGACGUCGUGCGCCGGCGGAAGAUUAUACAGCCUCAUCAGCUUGAAGCUGGAAAUUUGAAAAGAUGCCUGAGUCUUUGGGACGUGACAGCCCUUGGGGUGGGCAGUACUCUCGGAGCUGGUGUCUACGUCAUUAUCGGUUAUGCAGCCUUCAAGUACGCAGGACCUUCAAUUGUGCUCUCGUUCCUGAUAGCUGGAGUUGCGGCUUUAUUUUCAGGUUUGUGUUACGCUGAAUUUGGAGCCAGAGUACCAAGAGCUGGUUCAGCAUAUGUUUACAGCUACGUGGCCAUCGGGGAGGUGGUGGCUUUCUUUAUUGGUUGGUGCAAUAUUCUUGAAGCAGCGAUGGGCGCAGCGAGCUUGGCCCGCGGUCUCAGCAUGUACGUGGACGGGAUGUGCAACAAUUCAAUAUUAGAAUGGGCAACAGCUACAAUGCCGAUCUCUUCCUCAUUCUUGUCACCGUACUUUGAUCUGCUGGCGUUUGCAUUUGUUCUUGUCAUUGGAGUACUGCUAUCAGUGGGUGGUCGAGAGUCGUCCGCCGUGAACAUCGCGUUUGUCUUGCUGAACUUGUUAGUGAUUAUACUUGUUGUCAUCGUUGGAGCUAUCAAUGCUGAUUCAGCUAACUGGAGUAUCCCAUCCACGGACGUUCCGCAAGGUAGUGGCUCUGGAGGAUUCUUCCCAUACGGCGUAUGGGGCACACUGAAGGGCGCUGCGAUUUGCUUUUAUGGUUUUGUUGGAUUCGAUACCAUUAACGCUGCGGCCGAAGAGGUUCGAAAACCUCAAGAAACCAUUCCAAUGGUAAUAUUGAUAGUUCUGCUUACUGCAUUUGUUUGUUAUUGCGGAAUUUCUAUUGUUUUGACAAUGAUGGUGCCAUACUAUCUGCAGAACUCCACCGAUGCUGUUGGGUCAGCGUUCAUUUUCAUCGGAUGGGAGUGGAUGAAGUGGGUGGUAUUUGUUGGUGCCUUCGCUGGGAUCCUUGCCAGUUUAUUUGGGGCCUUGUUGCCUCUCCCGCGGCUGUUGUACGCGAUGUCCUCAGACGGCUUAUUGGUCAGUUGGUUUUCGAAGUUAACGUCGUCGCGCAAGUCUCCUGUUUUUGCCACGAUUUCGUCAGCUGCUGUUGUUGCCAUACUUGCUGGAAUUUUGGAACUAGAACAACUCAUACUGAUGCUUUGUAUUGGAACGCUGCUCUCUUACACCGUAGUGGCUGUCUGUGUGAUCGUAUUAAGGUUUCGUUCAGAAUACGCUCCUCAAUCGUCUCCAGGGUUCUUCAAGGAGGUAUUCGGCUGUGGCUUCAGGCUCGCCACACGUAGCACCGCCAGGAUCGUUUACGCAGUUUUGUUCCUCUUUAUAAGCGUAUGUGUCUCUAUGGCACUUAUCUUGGCUCACGUGGAGAGGCCUCUCAUACCACUUCUGGUACUACACGUGCUGGCUUUGAUGCUGGUCAUUAUUAUGUCGCUUCAGCCUAAAGCGAAGGAGGAGGUAGCUUUUAAGACUCCUCUGGUGCCUCUGAUUCCCUGUCUGAGCAUAUACGUGAACGUGCACUUGAUGGCCCUCAUCAAACUUCAGACUUGGAUUAGAGUCCUGAUUUGGCUUGCUAUAGGUAUACCAGUCUACUUAUUAGGAUUAUGUUGUUUCAAGAAGAAAGACAAAGAAGAAAAGGAUAUAGUUAUGCCACACUCAGAUGAGAAUGGGAAACCACUACCUGUACAAAUAGUAGUAGAAUCACCUACGCCGCCUGAUAGUAUUAAUAGAAUUGGUAGCCACGGGGACAAUACUAUACUGGAAGAGAACGAACAAAGUAGCGAUCAAAUACGUAAUGUCAGAAAUGAAACAUUCAAUAUCGAGGAAAUCAAACAUCAAGUGAUUAUUGAGAAUAAUGAAGAAAAGGAAGCUAAAAUAAUAGACCUGUUAGAUCAAGUCCUGCAAGCUGAAGAAGAAACAUACGGAGAAGCUAUCAGUCUGAAAGACCAAAAUAUAGAAGAAGCUCCUGAUGUCAAAGAAGUUAUCCACAGAAAAUCACUAGGCGAGCUUUCUGACGCAGGGUCUGAUGUAUCAUCAGGUAAUCAAGUAUUAUCUAAAUAUGAUGUAAUAGCGCAGGUCCACAGAGAGGAUCUGCCUAAGGUAACUGAAGAAGAAGAAGAAAAAAGAGAUGAUGACGAUGAUCUAGAACAAGAAACAGAACAACACGAGCAAAUCACUGCUUUUAAUGACAGUGAGACCAAUUCAAGGACCGAUGAAUCUGGAUAUUCUGACACGUUAGAUAGAAAUCCUUUCAGUGAGUCUCUUGAAGAGAAAGAGGAUAGGGAUGAAGAAGAGGCUCCUAAUAUACCAGUGCCACCGCCAUUAGAUGAAAAUUUUUUUAGAAGUCCAAAUUUUAAGAAAUCUUAUACAAUUUCAUCGAGACCUUUAAAAAAAGAAAUGUCCGAAGAAGCAGAAGAGAUUCCAAGACAAAGCGUUCAGUCGAAUAACUCUCAUAGCGAUGACAAUAUUACGUUUGGUAGUGAUAGACAAAAACAUUUCAUGAGUAAGCUAAACGAUAUAUUUCAAAACAAGAUAACGAAUAACCAGGAUGAUGAUGAUGAAGAACCAAGAAAAAGAUCACAGUCGACUGGAAAUGCACCUGAAGACAACACUUUCACCGUAAGUCGUCCGUCUAUAUUCCUAGAUUUGAAAAAGGAGAUUGUCUCUCGUGAAGUGGCUCAGAAUUUGCGACCUGUCAAUCCAGACGAGACGAAAACCGAAGAAGAAUCAACAGAAGAAGACAAACAAUUGACAAGAGCAGAUUUAAAAUCUAAGUUAGAAAAUAUAUUCGCUGCGGGCGGCCCUCAACUAUUAAAACCUAGGCUGAUGAAAUCUAAUCCUCCUACACCUGAAGAAGCAUAUCAAACUGAUACAUCGAGCACAGAAAGUAUUGCCAAAUUAGCGAAGCUGGACAAAAAUGAUACUUUAAAACGUCAAAAAGCUAAGUUCGGUGAAGUAUUGAAUUCCUUUAGGCUCAGUUUUAACAAAGACGAUGCAGUUUGAGGAAUGACUAGCGUCUUAGUUGCUCGGUCGUCCAUUCGUUGAGGAUCUACGAAAUUAUAUAGAAAAACAUUUUGGUUUUCGCGACUCGUAAAUAUAAUUAAAAAUACUUUUACGUAAGCAGCAAAUUUUAUCGUCAGGCAACUCAAACUUAUGGUUGCAAUCUACUGGGAUACCUGGAGAGUUUUGCAGGAACUUCGAAGAGUGACGGAAAUACUUACACUUACCAGAUCAAUAGCAUGUUUUACUUGAUGAUGCUGUCAAACGAACAUAAAACGCAAUGAUAUGAUCCCAGUUCCAAGUCUGGGUUAACGCAGCAAACUAUUUAUUAUUAUAAGACUAAGCCAAGUGCCUUAUUUAUCAUGUACAGUGACUAACCAUAGAUAAUAAUGACACGAGUUAGUUUUUAAGUUCUAUCGUUUGUUAUAUAACUAUUUAGUAAGCCAUUUUGCCAAAGACUGAAUUGUCACAAGCAACUUUAUAUUAUAUUUUCGCGUUAUUUAAAACAUUUAGUAAUUUCGCGUUAAUUAUUAAUAUAAAUCUAAUUGGUAAUUCAAAAAUCACUGUAAUAAAACAUUGUUACAUUA